ACUUGAUCAGAUCGAUCAUGGCUUCCAAGGCUGCAUCAUCAACUGCCCUUCUCCUUAUGCUCAACAUCCUUUUCUUCACUUUGGUCUCGUCUACCUAUUGCCCACCACCACCACCACCACCACCAAAAAAGUCUAACAACUGCCCACCACCACCACCAAAAAAGUGUACCAGUUGCACACCAUCACCACCAAAGUCACCUAACCCACCAUCACCACCAAAUCCAUCUACCAGUUGCCCUAUAGACACCCUUAAGCUUGGUGUUUGUGCCAACGUGCUGCAGAGCUUGCUCGGCAUAACUUUGGGAACGCAACCCACGAGCUCUUGCUGUAGUCUUAUUCAGAAUCUGGUUGAUCUUGAUGCGGCUGUUUGCCUUUGCACUGCCAUCAAGGCCAAUCUCUUGGGCAUUAACCUUAACGUCCCUGUCUCCUUGAGCUUGCUUUUGAAUUAUUGCGGAAAGAACGUUCCAUCCGGCUACCAGUGCUCUUAGGCGUGUGUGCCACCUUACUUACUAUAGCUAUGCCCUAGCUUUCAUUUCCU